AGAAAGGAAAACAGAAAACAAAAAAAAAAAAAACCUUUUGGAGAAAUCCACAAAACACAAAACACCACACUCAUGUCCCUGCGGAAACCCUAGACCAGAAAAGAGGAAACGAGGCAAGGCGAGGCGGAGAGGGGGCGCCACCAUCGGUAUCGGUACAACUGGAGCCAUGGACCCCGUCCUAUUAGACAAGCUAAUCGAUAAACUGGUCGAAGUCCGCUCCUCCAAGCCGGGGAAACCCGUUCUGCUCACGGAGUCCGAGAUUAAGCAGCUCUGCGUUGCGUCCAGGGAAAUCUUCAUCAACCAGCCUAAUCUGCUCGAACUUGAGGCCCCUAUCAAGAUUUGUGGCGAUAUUCAUGGGCAAUACAGCGAUCUUUUAAGGCUUUUUGAGUAUGGAGGUUUUCCUCCAAAAUCCAAUUAUCUAUUCUUGGGUGACUAUGUAGAUCGAGGGAAGCAGAGCUUGGAGACAAUAUGUUUGCUACUUGCGUAUAAAAUUAAAUAUCCAGAGAAUUUCUUCCUUCUCAGAGGAAACCAUGAAUGUGCAUCUAUAAACAGAAUCUACGGAUUUUAUGAUGAAUGCAAGCGCCGCUUCAAUGUGAAACUGUGGAAAGCCUUCACUGAUUGCUUUAACUGCCUUCCUGUUGCUGCACUCAUUGAUGACAAGAUAUUGUGCAUGCACGGCGGUCUCUCUCCUGAUCUGAAUAACCUUGAUCAGAUUAGAAAUUUGCCUCGUCCAACUGCUAUUCCAGAUACUGGCUUGCUUUGUGAUCUUCUCUGGUCGGAUCCCGGUAAAGAUGUUAAAGGGUGGGGAAUGAAUGAUAGGGGAGUUUCAUUUACUUUUGGCUCAGACAAAGUCUCAGAGUUUUUGACAAAGCACGAUUUGGAUCUUGUCUGUCGUGCUCAUCAGGUUGUGGAAGAUGGUUAUGAAUUCUUCGCAGACAGGCAGCUUGUUACAAUCUUCUCUGCUCCAAACUAUUGUGGUGAAUUUGAUAAUGCAGGUGCAAUGAUGAGUGUUGAUGAAAAUUUGAUGUGCUCGUUCCAAAUCCUCAAGCCGGCAGAAAGGAAAAACAAGUUUACGAUGUCUACUAAAAUGUGAUUCCCCUCUACUUUCUAAUCUCAAGGCCCCAUGCUCGAACCCGAACAAGUUACAAUUGCCCCCCCCCCCCCCCUGUGAAGCGGUGAAUAAGAAUCUGGCAAUAUAUUUUAUCCCAAAUAUUUAUUAUUGUGCUUUUAUGAAUGAGGUUUUUGUUACUGCUGAUUCAGGGGAGUGGAGCUAGUUGUACUCGCUCUCUGCACCCUUGUAAUAAAAGGGCGCAGCCUGUGUUUUUAUGUAGAUAAAUUUGGACCUGUCAUGUUUCUGAAUUUUAGACUGCUAAAUUUCUCUUACACCAUAAAAAUUUGACCUACUCUUAAUGUUAUUUUGUGGAUUCCAACUGAACUUUGGGGAAUCCUUGUUUGUCGUCUGAACUAAAA